AUGGUAUGUGAAAAAUGCGAAAAAAAAUUAGCCAAAAACUCUUUAGCGACCCCUGAAGUGAGAGGAAUCGCAGGCUCGAAUACAGCCCCCAUUAACAAGCGGAAGAUCGGCGAAAACAAACUUCUAAGUUCCAAGAAUCGAUAUACGCCUUACGCUUCCUCAUCUUCCUCUGCUUCCAAACCUAACCAACCUCCUCAUUCACUCAUUGGUCGAUGUCUAACCUGCAAAGCUAACGUCGCUCGACCCAGUGCCAAAUAUUGUCAAGCCUGUGCAUAUAAAAAAGGACUAUGUGCGAUGUGCGGUAAGAUGGUUAUAGAUGUAACGUAUUCCCAACAAUGCAGCAAAUAA